AAUCAAAUCAAAACAAUUCCUAUUAUUUCAGGAGACAGUGAAUUAACAAAUAGGUUCGUGGCGCCUGAAGUAAACAAAGAAUGGCGCUCUCCAGCAAGGGCCUCACCACGCUACUCGGGAUAUUAUCGGAAGAAUCUACUGAAUUGUUUACCUUAGAAAAGAUCACCCAUCAAGUGUACCAAAACUUCAAUAAGGAAGACUAUUUUAAAUUGGGCAGUGCCUUGGUGUUCCUCCUGCAGCAGCCAGACCUGCUCCCCACCCCCACACAGAGACUCUCGGCCGUCACCAUCCUCCAUGAAUUGUAUCGAGGAGAGCCACCGCCUGGCAAUCCCUUCCUCCCCAUCUUCAUCAACAUUCUGCACCCCCUGGAUGAUGUUGCAAAGGGCACAGGCAAGAAGCUGGAGUUUGCCGGGCAGGUCCCAAGGUUCACACAGCCGGAAAUAUUCUUCCUCUCUACCCUGCUGACAGACAAGAACAGCAAGGAGCUGCUGAAGAGGACGGCCAGCCAGAUCAUGAGUCUGGAUGUGAGCAACCACCCGCCGGCUGACACCAGCAGUCUGAAGCAGGCGCUGGCAGACCUCCUCUCAGACCGCCCAGACACCGCCAAGAGUGGUGUGCCAGUGGUCUACUCCUACCCGCAGCCUGCACCUAACUCUGGACUGCUAAGUGAACCGGGUCAGGUGAAGCGGACCUGUGAGGCACUGCUGUGUGGGCCGUCCUCCCCCAGCCUAGCACAGCAGUACUUUUCCCCAGAAAUCAUCAGACUUACCCCACCCCUGCAUGUGGCGGAGGAUGAGCUGGUAUGGAUAACCUCAGUGGACCGGGCAGAACAGCGGGUGAUGUACGACGCCUCCAUGUGUGUGCUGUCAGGAGGAGAUGCGGAGGCCAAGCGUCUCAUGGCCAAGGCGUUCAAGGAGACACUGUCCUUGCCUCAACAGCAGCACCUCCUCACUCAGCUGAACCAAGACCCUCGCAUGGUGUACCACACUGGCCUCACCCCACCCAAGUUACCAGACCUGGUGGAGCACAACCCACUCAUAGCCAUUGAAGUUUUGCUCAAGCUGAUGCAGUCCAGCCAGAUCACCGAGUAUUUCAGUGUGUUGGUCAAUAUGGAAAUGUCCCUCCACUCCAUGGAAGUGGUCAACAGACUCACAACAGCAGUGGAGUUGCCAUCAGAGUUUGUGCACCUGUACAUCAGCAACUGCAUCAGCACGUGUGAGACCAUCAAGGAUCGCUACAUGCAGAACAGACUGGUGCGCCUUGUGUGUGUCUUCCUGCAGUCACUCAUCAGGAACAAGAUCAUUAAUGUCCAGGAACUGUUCAUUGAGGUGCAGGCGUUCUGCAUAGAGUUCAGCCGCAUCCGAGAGGCAGCAGCGCUCUUCAGACUACUUAAGCAGCUCGACUCUGGUGACACUCAGGCAACACAGGAGCCAGCCAAGAAGUGAAAACACACACACACGUACACACACACACACACACACACACACACACACGCACACACAUACACACACACGCACACACACACACACACACACACACACACACACACACACACACACACACACACACACAAAUGGAGCAAUAGAUUAAUGGAAAACAUUGCCAGUUGAAGUGUGCAAAUAAUGUACAUAAAUUUAAAGAAAAUAUGACAAUUUGACAUAAUUAAUGGGACAUACAAGCUUGAUGCAUUCCUGUAAAAAUACAUAUGGGUAAAUAAAUAUAUACAUAUUUGCUUUCUCUCUCUCUCUCUCUCUCUCUCUCUCUCUCUCACGCACUCACAUACACACACAGGAAUGGUAUAAACAAAGAACAUUCAUCAGUUUAAAUCUCACUUGGACAGAAGCAGAUAUUCAGCUUGACUGAAAUCUUAUACAUAUAUGUUAAUUCAUAGAAAAUGUGAUCAUUUUAAAAAAGAGGGACAUAGAAAGCAUAACUCAAUCCAUUAAGAAUACAAUUACAUAAACACACACACACACACACCUAGACCAAAACAAACUCGGACUCAAACACUAACAUUGAUGUAUAUAUUGCCGAAAAUAUAAUGUAGUAUAGUAA